CGCGAAGAAGAAGACAUGUUUGUUUACAAUUUUGACAGUUGCCAUUAACAUCUAGAAAUCUUGUCUCCAUGCUUUGGUUUUUAUAAUUUUUGGCAAAAUGGCAGACCGUUUAACUCAACUUCAGGAUACAGUGAAUCAGCAAGCUGAGCAUUUCUGCAACAGCAUCGGCAUUUUGCAACAGUCAUCUGUUCCUAGUAAAUUCCCGGGUUUCGACCGAACGGGAAAUCAGACACCGCAACAAACUCAACAGGAAGACUAUGCUUUGCUAUUCUCCCAGUUGAUAUCACGUUGCGCGAAAGAUAUCGACACACUGAUCGAAUCUCUACCAAACGAGGACAGUUCCCAGGAAAUGCAAGUACAAAGUUUGAAGAUUUUGGAGCAGGAAAAUCAGGAAGCCGCCGACAGACUGGAAGAGGUGGUGCAGAAAGGCGAGAUACUCCUGCAGAAGAUCCAGGCGGCCCUGGAGGACAUCGCACAGGCACAAUUAGACAUGCAAGUUACCUUUAAGAAUAAUAAGUAGUCAAAGUAGAUUAAGCGAAAGUUUAUACUGGAAUUGUGUGGGGAAUAAAUAUUUAUAAUUUUA